CGGGCACACGCGUACAUGAAGAGGCGGGAGCGAGUGCGGAGGUUCACUCGCUCGUUCGCUCGCCCGCUGGAUGCAGCUCACACGCGCAGGACGCGUGGAACGCGCACGCACAGACGCGCGCACGCAGGGAGUGACCAAUCAGCCGCCACCAUGAUGAUGAUGCCAAAGAGGCCUCAGACGUCCCCGGGCAGCGUGCUGUCUCUGCGAGGUGGCGCCAACAUGCCGGGAUCCCCCGCCGCCGCCAUCGUGGCCCGCGUGGACGACAACGUGAUGGUCUACAAGGACCUAGCGGCACUCCCGCAGGACAAAGCCAUCCUGGACAUCGAGAGGCCAGACCUGAUGACAUACGAGCUGCACUACCACUAUAGUCCACUGGAGGUGUUGAGUUCUCUGUCUCCCGGCUCAUUCUCCCCUCCGACCUCUCCCGAGGAGUGCAGAGCGUGGCCGGAGAAAGGUUCUCCUGGCGACUCGUCGCCGGCUUCGAAGCGCAACAGCGGCAACACCACACCAUCGCCACACACGCAACGCACGCUUCAAAUGCAACAUGCACAAAACACACAACCUUCCAAGAUCCUACAACACUUCCACAGGCCUGAUAAUGGAAGUAACAUCUACAAGAAGCCUCCCAUCUACAGAAGAGGCGCGUCGUCUUCAGGACUUGCCGCGGGGAAACACUUGGAGGAUCUCAUUAUCGAGUCGUCAAAGUUUCCCGCCGCCGAGCCUCCGGACCCGAACGUUCCCUCCAAGAUUGAAACGGAACACUGGCCUUGCCCGCCCUCCUCCGCCGUCUUUGAGAAGGAGAAGGCGUGUCGCAGGAGUGAGGGCAGGCAAGAAGAAGAAGAGGAGGACGAAGAAGACGAUAAAGUUUGGGGCUUGCGAGCGCUUCACAUGCAGGAACUGAACAAGAUUCAGUCCAACCUAGGAAGGAUCAUCCUGAAGGAGGAGCUGGAAAAGUCAGCUGCUCCACUGAAGAGAAAAACACGCUCGCUUCCGGACCGCAGCCAGCACGCAGGUGGCGCCACCUCCCGCAUCGUUUGUUUCCCAGCAACCUCUGGGGCAGGCCUAGCCAGAUUGCAGUCGACAAAAUUCAGCCCGUCGGAGAAGCCCGUUGCAGGUGUUCAGAACGGCGAAGCUGCGUUGGACCGAGGCCGCUCGCUGCCCAGUGUGCUGGAGUUCAAGAUUUACCCAUAUGAGAUGCUGGUGGUCAACCACAAAGGACGAAGGACACUUCCUUCUGGCGUCGACAGAACGCAAUUGGAGAGACAUCUGUCGCGGGAAGAGUUCGCCAACGUGUUCGCAAUGACGCCGGAGGAGUUUGAACAGCUUUCCCUCUGGAAGCAGAACCACCUUAAGAAGAGAGCAUGUCUCUUCUGACUGCCACGCUGGAGACACGCCCACUCCACAAAGCUAACGUUAGCAUUUGACGUAAUUGCUAAAACAUGUUGAGCAGGCACAAAAACAAAACAUUGCUGCUUUCCACUCUGAAGAAAGGAGCUGUCUGUAUGUGAUGCUAAAUCAUUGAGCAGUUACUGAAAAACUUUGUGGUUUUCAACUUUACCAAAGCCACAAGGGAAGCUACUGUUAGGAUUAGCUUGACAACGCUAGCGGUUAGCAUCCAGGUUAUCGUAGCUUAGCAUACUGACCAGGACAAAAGCUGAAAUCGGCUGAGAGAAAGUCAAUAUAAAACGAUGACAUGAUUCAUACAUCAGCGCAGACUGAUAACAUCACGUUCGCACCAUGUCAGCCAUUUCGCAUCUUCUGUCAAGCGAGUCAUCACCAUUCAAAAUGGAGAUGACAUUUUAGAUAUGAGAUGAGCGCUUUGUUUUGAUAGUUUUGGAGUAAUUCGGAGUCACUAACUUCAUGUUUGUUGUUUUUAUUUCAAUUCUUUGGAUGUUUUUGAUGAUUUCUAAUAAUGAAUUUUGUGUUACACGCCUGCUGCAUGUGUGAUCUUAAUGUGACAGGAUCAAAAACUAAUCAGCAUUGAAUGCUCAGCUCAUUUACAGACAUUAAUAAUUUAAUAUAAGGCAAUUUCAGAAAAAUAGUGUUGUUUCUCACGUGGAUGAUGAAUGUGAUGUGAACGAUAAACACCAUAGACACAAAAACUU